AUGAAUCCCCCAUGGCACCUCGCCUCCGCCGAAGACUCCGCCGAAGACUGGCACCUUUUUGCGGAGAUGGCCUCCAACUCCAGGGACGGGCCAAACCAUGGCAGUGACCACCAGGAUGAUGACACCAAGAGAAGAACCGUCCCGCAAAUCAUCACCGACGGCUCCAGCACCCCCGACGAGCCCAUGACCGCCUCCAGCGAAACAAAGCCAAAGGGCAAGCGAGUGGGCUUCACCUCCGCUCCCUCUUCCGGCGACGACACGCCCGCAGACGGUGGCCACCUGCAACCGCGACCCUACUCCACCUACGGCGCUCUCCCCUCGAACCCCACUUCGGGCGCCACCACCCCUCUUGGAGAAGGUUACCUCUCGCCUACGCCCACCCGCCAGAGCGCCCCUCCGGCUCCUGAUGAGCUCGUCAAAGCCGUGCACAAGGCCUUUGGGCAGCCCCUGCCCGCCAAGCCCAAGCCCGCCAUCCGGAAGACCCCAUCGCUCCGCAUGAACAACCCUUUCUCCUCCACCCCAGACUCGGAUGAGGAAGACACGCCCGCGAAGAGAUCGAGGAACGAGGCCCUGGAUCGAGCCAACCGGUUGGCUAAGAGCGUGGGUAGUGCCUCGGCGCCGUCGUCGAGGAGGAAUUCGUUCGAGGAGAAGAGGGCUGAGGCCGGACCCUCGAGACCGAAGACGUUCGCUGCAGGCGCCAAGCGAAGCCGCAAGACCGUCUUACUUGAGGAUGUCGUUUCCAAUGACGAGGAGGAAGACGAAGCCGCAUUGGCCAAGAGGAAGGCCAGGGAAAGCACGCUGGACGAGGCGAAGAAGCUUGUGAGGAACCACACCCGGAAAGGUCCCGAAAGAACCUCCCUCCACGCCGAGCCCACGCCUUUCAUCUCAAGACCUACCACCCCGACCAUGGAGCGGGCCUUCGACGACUAUGUCGCCCCGCCUCCCAGGUACCGUGGCGGCAUCUUCGGUGCUUUGCUCAACCUCUACGGCGCCCAAGGUGGCUUCCAGGGCGGCAUGCAGGGUAACCAGUGGGCGCAUUCCCGCACCAACAGCAACACGACGCUGGGCAGCGGCAUGUCCACACCCGGUGGCAUCACGCCUGCCAUUGGAACGCCUCAGCAGUCUCCUCCAGCCUCUGGUACCAGCACUCCCGUGACCCCGGGCCAGAAGAGGCAUUGGUACCACCGCAGCCAAUAUCCUCCCCAGCAGUCGCAGACUUCUUUGGCACAGCUGGUCGGCUCGUCAUCCAUGCUUGCCUCGCCGGGCACGUCCAUCGACUUCGAGCAUGGCGUUUCUGACCAGAUGAAGCGCGCCUCGCGGCCCGGCAUGGGUAAGCGGUCGCGCAGUGGUGGCGCCAUCACGUCCGCCAUGCAACGCCUGAGCAAGCCGCGCCUGGAGGACGAAAUCCGCAUCACGGUGCACAUCUCCGAAGUCAUGGCCCGCCAGCGGUACUUGAUGAAGCUGUGCAGGGCGCUAAUGAAGUAUGGUGCCCCGACGCAUCGUCUGGAAGAAUGCAUGAAGAUGUCGGCCCGCAUUCUCGAGAUCGAAAGCCAGUUCCUGUACAUUCCCGGCUGCAUGAUCAUCUCCUUCGACGACUCGUCCACUCACACGACCGAGGUCAAGCUCGUCCGUGAGAGCCAGGGCGUUGACCUGGGCAAGCUGCGUGAGACGCAUGCUUGCUACAAGGAUGUCGUGCACGACCGGAUCGGUGUCGAGGAGGCAACCCAACGCCUCGAGGAGAUCAUGAAACGUCCUCAGAAGUUCAAGCCGUGGUUCCUGGUCGUGAUGUACGGUCUCGCAUCUGCAUCCGUUGGUCCAUUCGCGUUUCAGGCCAGGCUGAUCGACCUUCCCAUCUGUUUCCUCUUGGGAUGUCUGGUUGGCUUCCUGCAACAGAUCGCCGCCCCAUCAUCCACACUCUUCAACAACGUCUUCGAGAUCAGCGCUGCCGUCCUGACGUCUUUCCUUGCCCGUGCUUUCGGUUCGAUCAAGGGUGGUUCGGUCUUCUGCUUCUCCGCUCUGGCCCAAAGCAGUAUCGCUCUGAUUCUUCCCGGUUACAUCGUCCUGUGUGCCUCUUCGGAAUUGCAGUCCAAACAUUUGGUCGCCGGCUCCGUCCGCAUGGUUUACGCCAUCAUCUACUCGCUCUUCCUCGGCUUCGGCAUGACCAUAGGCAUCGUCCUCUUCGGUGUCAUGGAUAAGGGCGCGACGUCGGCGCACCAGUGCAGCAGCCAGAUGCCGACCAACUACACCUUCUUCUUCGUGCCCGCCUUCACCAUCUGCCUGUGCAUCAUCAACCAGGCCAAGUGGAAGCAGAUGCCCGUCAUGGUCAUCAUCUCGUUUGGCGGUUACGUCGUGACCAAGUUCAGCAGCGAGCGCUUCCAGGGCAACACGCAGAUCAGCAGCACGCUGGGCGCGCUGGCCAUCGGCGCCAUGGCGAACCUGUACUCGCGUCUCGGCACCAAGGCCGACAACUUCUUCCUCGACUUGUACGAGAACCACGUGCGCCCUCGCUACCGCUCCCUGCGCCGCAAGGUCACCGGCAGGAAGGAGGAGCUGCGCAAGUCGUACAAGGUGGCCGAGGAUAUGCUGCCGCCCUCGUCGUCCAAUUCCUCCGAGAUUUACACGCCUCGCACGCGCAAGGUCGGCUAUGGUGUUGCCGCUGCCGCCAUGCUGCCCGCUAUCUUCGUGCAGGUCCCGUCCGGUCUGGCUGUGUCGGGCUCGCUGAUUUCCGGUAUCACCUCUGCCGACCAGAUCGUGCACAACACCACCGGUACCACGACGGACCUGCAGGCCGACGGCACCGUCAACAGCGCCGCGUUCUCUGUUGGUUACUCUGUCAUCCAGGUUGCCAUCGGCAUCACCGUUGGUCUGUUCCUUAGCGCGUUGGUCAUCUAUCCCUUCGGCAAGAAGAGGAGUGGUUUGUUCAGCUUCUAA